AUAUUCGUUUUCGUUGAAUAUGCAAGCAAAUCCAUAACGAUACAAAAUGUGCUUAAAUACAUGGAAAACCUCUGCAGUACGUGUGGAACCUCUCAAAAGCUCAAAAAUUAAUUAAAUCGUGUCGAGUUUAGUUCCACUUUCCUAAAACUUCUCGCAGUUGCAAUGGCCAUUGUGAACAAGGCAGAAUGAAAGAUGUGAUAUCGUUUCGUAUUUAUAUCAAGCGUACAUAUAGGUUCUUAUUAAAAAUGGUGUUUACAAGUUCAUUGUGACUUAACCUUAAAGCGUUAAUUACUUUUGCGUACAUAUUUUUAGAAAUUUUUAGUAUAAUUUAUAUUGAAGCAUUAUAUAUUGAUGUCAAGUUUUAAAAUUGUCCCUAAAAUAAUGUCGGUUGUAUAAACAUAAAAACAUUAAAUGAAAGGAGUGUAUUCUAUAAUAUAAUAUAAAUACAUUUUCGGGACAAAUUUGUUGUUUAUGAGGUUUUAUAACUUCUCUGAAGAAAACAAUAUUCUAGUUUCACGAAAAUAUGUUUGAAUAAUUUACGAUCGAAUGUGGAUUGCAGUUUUUAGAUCAAAGUAAUUAUCAUUUGCAAAUUGAUAGAAUAUUAAAGAAUUUGGUAAUGAUAAAAUGGACAACGAACAACCGCAUCAAGAACUGGUAAAAUGUGUUCUAGUUGGUGAUACUGCAGUUGGAAAAACUCGAUUGAUAUGUGCAAGAGCAUGCAAUAAGCAUGUAUCUCUCUCACAAUUGCUUUCAACACAUGUGCCUACAGUUUGGGCAAUUGAUCAGUAUAGAAUUUAUAAAGAUGUAUUAGAACGUUCGUGGGAAGUAGUGGAUGGUGUAAAUGUGUCUUUAAGACUUUGGGAUACGUUUGGUGAUCAUGAUAAAGAUCGACGCUUCGCUUAUGGCCGGUCAGAUAUAGUUCUUCUGUGUUUUUCAAUUGCUAGUCCUAUUUCUUUAAGAAAUUGUAAAGCAAUGUGGUAUCCAGAAAUAAGGCGCUUUUGUCCAGAUGUUCCGGUAAUACUUGUAGGUUGUAAAAAUGAUCUUCGUUAUAUGUAUAGAGAUGAAACAUAUUUGUCUUAUUUUGGUGAAAGAAGUACAUUUGUAAGGGCUGCUUUAAAAAGUGAUCUUGUUAUGCCUGAUGAAGCGAGAGCAGUGGCUAAAGAAUUAGGUGUUUCAUAUUACGAAACGAGUGUGUUUACGUACUUUGGUGUUAAUGAAGUAUUUGAGAAUGCUAUACGAUCAGCAUUAAUAGCUCGUCGCCAACAAAGGUUUUGGAUAACGAAUUUAAAAAAAGUUCAAAAACCGUUGUUACAAGCCCCAUUCCGACCACCGAAACCGCCACCACCCGAAGUUACCGUUAUGGUUGGAAAUUUUCGGCAAGAUAUGUUUAAUAUGCUUAUAUCGCAAUCAUACACAGAUAUCGUACUUAUUGUAGGGGCAACAAAGUUUUCCGUUCAUAAAUUUAUGUUGACUGCUGCUUCUGCUGUUUUUUGCCGUCUUUUAAAUAAUGAACUUUUAGAUCUUGGUGGCAGAAGUACCAGUGAAUCUAGCAUGGUAAGCUCAACAUUUGGGGAAGCAACAGCAGGAGAUUUCAAUGACGAUACGGAGUAUUUGAUACGUCACGAAUCACGUACACAAAGAAUGUGGGAGCAUUUAAAGCGACGUUCCAGUUAUCAAGCUCUUCCUUUAGUUGAAACAAAGAAGCCAAAUGAUUUAUGUAAAGAUUUUCAUCAUCCAAUUUUUCAAAAUAUACGUAUUGCACAAUUAGAAAAUAAACAUGGUGUUAAUAUUACUCAAACUGUUGUUACUUUCACAAAAAUACUUAAGCCUCAAAUUAUGCAACAAUGUCUGAAAUUUAUCUACACUGGCACAAUCGAAAAAGAAUAUAACAAUUUACAGGAAAUAAAACAGGCUGCUAAUUUAUUAGAACUGCCACAAUUAGCUUUACUGCUUUCAAAACCACAAAGUGUUUUGGCUAAUCUUAAUGAACCAAAUCAAUAUUUUUGCCUUAGUAUAAAAGAAAAUAUGGAAAUGCACUGUAUUGGUAACGGCAGCUUUACUGAUGUCACAUUCGAGUUGGAUGACGGACAAAUGAAAGCACAUCGUGCAGUGUUAGUAGCGCGUUGUGAUGUUAUGCGAGCUAUGUUAGCAGGCGAUUUUCUUGAGGCUCACUCAAGUAUCAUUGUAUUUCCAGGUGUAACUAUCUAUACUUUUCACAAAUUGCUUUCUUAUUUAUACACUGAUGAAAUACCUCCCAUUUCAACUGAUAAGUGUUUAAAUUUAUUGGAAUUAUCAAACCGUUUAUGUUUGCCGCGCUUGUUAAACCUAGUAGAAUGUAGAGUAAUUGAAGAUUUAACAAUAAUAUCUCAAAAUAAAACUAAUGAAACAGUAGAUCAUUGUUUAAAGCUUCUCGAACCUGUGAAGUUGCACAAUGCUCAUCAAUUGGCCGAAUGGUGUAUGUCCUACUUGUGUGUUAAUUACAACAUAAUUUGCAAAUUUUCACUUAAAGGCUUAAAAGCUCUGCACCAAGAUAAUCAAGAAUAUUUGCGCGAACAUCGUUGGCCUCCUGUGUGGUAUCUAAAAGAUUAUGACUACUAUCAGCGAUGUAUGAACGAAAUGAAUAAGGAAUUAAAAAAUUCUAGACGUGAUUCACCAAGUGAUGACGAAGGGUGCCUAUGUUUUAGCGGAAAUGAUUCUUUAAAAAACAGUGAAAGUUCGUUUAAGAAAUCAAUGAUUCGACUAGCAGUUCUGUUUAGUUAAGAUAAUUUUCCUUCAAAAUAAUAUGCUUUUCAUAAAAAAUGAAUAUUUUGAAAAUUCAGCCGUUGAAAAGCGAUUAUCGGAACCCCUUAUAUAAGUUUAUUAAAUUAGAAUAUCAGUAAGGUCUUGAACUCAUUUGUAUGGGCAGCUGCGUGGUUAGAUAUCAAAUGUAAAGAAAUUAAUAACACACCCUACUUGGAUUGUUGGACAAUUUUAAAUAUUUUCAGUAAAUAUGCGAUUGGUAUAUAUUAUAAUAUGAAUGAUGUUUAAUAGUAUUUAUAUUUCUGGUAGUUUGAACAACAUACUACGAUAAUAGACCAUUGUGCACUGCAUUUAUAUUCUGUUAUAACUUGCAGCUGCCGUCACUUUUAAAUAUGAAGAAAGGCGCGAAAAUUGUGAGUUUUAUCAGUUUUGCGAUGAUAUUGAGCGACAGGUUAAUAUUAUUAUAUCAGUGGUUUGUUUUUUUUUUUUUUUUAAUAUUUUGGACUUUAAACUGAAUAAGAAAAGUUAAACUGUAUUAAUUGUAUGUAUAUUAAUAAUUGUAAUUUUUUUUUUUGAAAAAUGAUCAAUUUAAUCAGUUUUGCCAAUUAUUGGAGGCGAUGCGCGAACGGAAGAUAUCAACUAAUAAUUUUUAUUUUUUUACAGUUUUCUACUCUAUACUAGAGGCAACUUUAGCGCACUGUAGCGUUUCGAAAAAAAAAAUUGUUAUUUUUCGAACCACCCUAAUAUAUAGUGUUUUAUGCUUGAUGUUUUGCACGCUAUCAGAAUCUCUCUUUUCACCACUUAUAGCCAGACAACUACUCAUCCUCUUCGUACAUACUUUAUGAUUUAUUACUUUUAUUUAAAAAUUUCAUAAAAUAUUUUAGCAAAAAUUGACAUAAUGAAACAUUGCCCCAAUUAAGAAAAUUUUUAAUUUACAAGCUCGUCUUCAUUAAAUAACUUUGCCUUCGUUUUCUUCUAACCAAUUUAUAUGUUACUCUUUAAACUCAAUCGUAUAUAGUUUAUUCCGACCAAUCUAGCAUAUUUUACAAUGUAGACUUUUUACGAAUGUAUCCAAAAAUUAUGCGAAAUAAUAGUUUGUGGUGUCACUAACUACAACCUGUUGACUGCUGAAGUAGCAAGAAUAUUAAGAAUCAAGCCAGCUGAGCAAAUUUUACUAAAUUUUAAAAAAUUGUCUGUCAAACUUUUUGAGUGUAAAAAUCAGAUUUAUUGAUAUUCAUUCGAUAAAGUCGCGGAAACUGGGCUAAGUUUAUACGACUUGAACGAUUGAAUUUGUUGCUAAGAAAAAAGAACACGAAAACUAAGCAAUUAUAUUUUCAUUGCUAAAAGUUGAUAAAUUU